AUGUUAGAUGAUGAAGCGACGGUCGGCAUUGGCCCUGCUGAUGCAGCUCGCCAUGCGUCCCGGAGGCGCGGAGGACGAGGGAAACGAGAUUCGGGGCAUCAUGGUCAAGCCAGCUGGAUUAGUUGUGUGAUCAAUUUGGUCAAUACGAUCAUCGGCGCCGGCGUUCUUGCCAUGCCUCUUGCCGUAUCCCAUAUGGGAAUCGUCCUUGGAGUCUGCGUGGUAUUGUGGUCGGGCGCAACAGCGGGUUUUGGUUUAUAUCUGCAGUCGCGCUGUGCUCAAUACCUGGAUAGAGGCACGGCGUCUUUCUUCGCCUUGUCCCAGAUUACAUACCCCAAUGCGGCGGUCGUGUUCGACGCCGCAAUUGCGAUCAAAUGUUUUGGUGUUGGUGUCAGUUAUCUCAUUAUUAUUGGCGACCUGAUGCCGGGUGUGGUCCAGGGCUUUGUCGGUAGUUCGCCGGACUUUGACUUCCUGGUCGAUCGACAUUUUUGGGUCACGGCUUUCAUGCUGAUUGUCAUCCCUCUCUCUUACCUCCGACGUUUGGAUUCCCUCAAAUACACAAGUAUCGCUGCCUUGGUUUCCAUGGCUUACCUGGUGGUGUUGGUCGUGUACCAUUUUGUGGUGGGAGACACAGUAGCCGAGAAAGGGCCAGUUCGGCUGGUUCAGUGGGCGGGCUUGGUUCCAACCCUUAGCAGUCUUCCAGUGAUCGUCUUUGCAUUUACAUGCCACCAGAACAUGUUUUCGAUCUUGAACGAGAUGGCUACUCCCAGCCAUUUCAGGACCACAUCGGUGGUUUUCGCCAGCAUUGGAAGCGCUGCGGCAACCUACAUCCUCGUUGCAAUCACCGGUUAUUUUUCUUUUGGAGACAACAUCGGAGGGAAUAUCGUAGGCAUGUACACUCCUGGACUCUGGUCUACGAUUGGUCGCGCAGCCAUCGUCAUGCUGGUCAUGUUCUCGUAUCCUCUCCAGUGUCAUCCGUGUCGAGCCUCCGUAGAUGCAAUUCUGCGCUGGAGGCCCCAGCCAUCAGUGAAUGGCAGCGACCACUCUCCUCACCGACACCCUCUUCUAGGGUCGCGGGGCAAUCGAACACCUGAGCCGAUGAGCGAUCUUCGGUUUUCGGUCAUCACAACGACGAUUCUCAUUCUGAGUUACAUCGUCGCCAUGACUGUGUCCUCGCUGGAAGCGGUGCUCGCCUAUGUCGGCAGUACGGGAAGCACCAGCAUCAGUUUCAUUCUUCCGGGGUUGUUUUACUACAAAAUCUCCGCACCCGACUCCCCCUCUCACCAGCGACUUAUGAAGGAAGAUGAUGAAGCCGCCCAUGGCGAUAGUGACCAUGACAGCAACGGCCCUCAGGUCCAUCCACUCAGCGACAGUGGUAUCCUGCGUCUUGGCAUCCGCCACUGGCGUAGGUCACUGCUUCGGAAACUCAGUCUUGCGCUCGCCAUCUACGGUGUGAUCGUCAUGGUCGUAUGCUUAAUCACCAACUCCGUCUUCAUCGCUUCACAUUAG